GCCGUGGUGCUUCAGGAGAAGCUGGUCCCCGCCCGAGAGCUGCCCGCGGCUGGGGGAAGAAGAUGACUUCUGCUGAGAAACUGCCAUCAAGUCUGAACACUGAGCAAAACCAACCUCCUCAUCUGCCUCUCUGUGCAAAUCCCGGCAAUCCAGUGUUUUCCUGUAUGCUGGACCCCAAAGCACUCAUGACUGAUGGUUCUUUGACAAAGCCUCAGGUUUUACUGUUUAAAACAACUUCAGGUGAAUAUGGUGCUAUACCACCUAUCUCACAGAUGGUACCCCGUUCUUAUCAUCCAGUGGAUCACACCUUUUCAAAACACUUACUCACUUGCGGGUCAUUUCCAGACAGUUCUUUAAACACUGCCAUCGACAGAAGUAGGGUAUAUGACAACCCUAAUAUACAGCAUACUCUGUAA